CCGAGCUUUGAAUAGGGAAGUUUUGCAGGGGUUACGCUUGCAGUCAGUCCGCUGUUUGCAAAUAUUGCGUGGGCUCGGCGCGCUGCGGGCUGCGGGAGGGUCCGGACCCGGCGUACGAUUGCAGCGCCAUCCAGUUUGCAUGAAACUUUCACCUGCGCUCCCGGGGACAGUUUCUGCUCCGACUCCUGAUCGCUCUCCUCCCUGUUUUCCCGACAGCGGGGACUGUCUUUUCCAACCCGACAUGGAUGUGCUCCCAAUGUGUAGCAUCUUCCAGGAACUACAGAUUGUGCACGAAACAGGCUACUUCUCGGCUCUGCCGUCCCUGGAGGAAUAUUGGCAACAGACCUGCCUGGAGUUGGAACGCUAUCUUCAGAGUGAGCCUUGCUACGUGUCAGCCUCUGAGAUAAAAUUUGACAGCCAGGAAGAUCUGUGGACCAAAAUCAUUCUAGCUCGGGAGAAGAAGGAAGAAUCAGAACUGAAGAUUUCUUCUAGUCCUCCAGAGGACUCUCUGGCCAGCCCCAGCUUUAAUUACAACUUAGAGACCAACAGCCUGAACUCUGAUGUCAGCAGCGAGUCUUCAGACAGUUCUGAGGAACUUUCACCCACGACCAAAUUUACCUCUGAUCCCAUCGGUGAAGUCUUAGUCAGUUCAGGAAAUCUGAGCUCCUCCGUCAUUUCCACUCCUCCUUCUUCUCCAGAAGUGAACAGGGAAUCUUCUCAACUGUGGGGCUGUGGGCCAGGAGACCUACCCUCACCAGGGAAGGUCCGCAGUGGGACUUCAGGGAAGUCUGGUGACAAGGGUAGUGGCGACGCCUCCCCAGAUGGCAGGAGGAGGGUACAUCGAUGCCACUUUAAUGGCUGCAGGAAAGUUUACACUAAAAGCUCCCACUUGAAAGCACAUCAACGUACUCACACAGGAGAGAAGCCUUACAGAUGCUCAUGGGAAGGUUGUGAGUGGCGUUUUGCAAGAAGUGAUGAAUUAACCAGACACUUCCGGAAGCAUACUGGUGCCAAGCCUUUUAAAUGCUCUCACUGUGACAGGUGUUUCUCCAGGUCUGACCACCUGGCCCUGCACAUGAAGAGGCACCUCUGAGGGAGAAGAGGGGUGAAUCCUGUAGGCUAAAAGAGGCUUCCAGGCUGAGAGGCGGCCAUGGAAGGAGGGAUGCCUGUACCAGCCAAAGCAUGCCAUUUUGCUUCCUACCCAGUUACCUCCAGGGGCCUCUCUUUGGAAGGUCUUUUGAGGGCUACACAAGUCAUGUCAGAAUCGGCAUAGCACCCACGGUGCAUGGUGUUUGGGUGACCCUGGACUCGCCUCGCCACUGGUUCCUAACCUUCUGAGAGGCUCCCGAGCCUUUUGCCGUGAGCAUGCGCACUGAGAAUGUUAAUGGGUGGGAUGACUGUAUGUUGAGGAUCUAUUACUGACUGUAUGGUGAGGCAGACUUUUUUUUCCCCCUUGUGGUAGCAAAUGACUGCAAGAGACAGAAAAAAAAAGCAGUUUGAAUGUUUUGUGUGUGAGGAGUAUACCAAGGGAUGAGUUGACCACCAAUCAUUUCCUGAAGGGUGUCUGCACCUUAUUAAAAAAUAAAUAAAAACAAAAAAAAAUUUAAAAAAAAAAAAGAAGGAAAAACUUGGAGGGUGGGAGUGGGACCUCAGGACCCCAUAGUGGUGAGUGUUAAGGGCAAGGGGAGUACCUGUCCCCCUUUCCUGUGUGAAAGGGCCUUCUGGUGUCUGGUGCAGCUAUAGAAUGUACAGCGUGUCAAGUAGCUUGUUUUCCUGGCUACAUGGAACUCAUUUGUAACCCGUUGUAUAAGCUGUAUUUACAAAUAACAGUGAUCAUUUUCCCUUAUGAUACAAAAAAAUCGUGCAUGGUCUGGGGGAGCUAUACAUUUUUCCAUUUUUAAAUCGGGUCUCCAAUCUUGAUUCCAAUUUCUAAGCAGCUAUGAAAAGAUUCAAUUUGUUAAAACAAGGAUUCCAUAAGCCAUUUAGGCCUGGCAAGACACGACCCCCAGAUCCUUCUGUUUCAUAACACUCCCCAUGCAACAUGAUAUUGUGCAGUGUAGGGUUGUAUUUUCAAUGACUCAGAAUUUGAGUUUACUUUUUGGAGAAUCUUAAGGUGCCCUUUGAAGAAAUUGGACACGUGUCAAAUGUCUAAAUGCUUGGGCCUGGAAAUUACUGGUCUAAUGUGACAUUAGGCUAAGAACAUAAACUUUUUUUCUCAGUCGGGUGGAUCAAACCACUAAGCUUAGAAAACGUUUUUCUCAUGCAGCUAUGUCUCUCUUAUUUAUGCCUUGAGGACUAAUUCUGGUUUUCUAGCUGUUAAUGCACUGUUGACCUUCAUAAUGGUGCCUUAUGCAAUUGGCCCUUCUGUGGGGUCAAAUACAGGGGUAUGGGUGAUGCAUGCUUAAUUAAGGCUCUUUUUUCACCUGGCAUUGUACUGUAUCAAUGUAUAAUAUGGAAAAAAGAAAACAAAAAAACAAAACAAACAACAACAACAACAAAAAAAAAACCACCUCUUUAAGAUCCUCCACAAUGACAAAUAGGUGAAAACUCCUUUGACAUGUCAACAUGUGUUCAUUUCCAACAACUUGACUGUCAGUAUUAAAAUGGGGAAAAAAAUAGACAUGAUAAUUGAAAACUAAUUCUGCUACCAUGAGACUCUUUUAGAGACCUUGCACAAUUGUACAGAUCACACACACCGGCUGUAUUUAUUAUGUAACAUUUUCACACAUAUUAAAGAUACAGAAGUAUAAAAAAAAAGUCAAUAUUUUGCUCAAAAGGCACAAGUUUUGAGUACCUGUCUAGCUAUCUGUUGGUAAUACUGAAAGUAUACUGCUUUUUUUUUUUUUUUGAAAAAAAAGUGGA